AUGGAGGACCUCAACGGCUUGAGUUGGUCCUCCGACACAAGCAAGUCAAACAAACCUCCGCCCAUGAGCUCUGGAUACUUGUUUCCCAGUAUUCCGUCAAAUGGCGGCUCCGGCAGGUCUACGCCUUUAUCCGCCACGUCGAAUCGCUCUAGCUCGCCAUCAAAGCCCCCCGCAUCGACUGGCGAUAGCUUUGCCAAUCUGGUCUCAUUUGGCCCUUCUGCUGGGAAUAAGAACCUUUCUCUUAUGGAACAACAGAAGCGCAUGCAGGAGGAAAAGGCCAAGAAAGAGGCUGAAAAUCGCAGCCGUUUUGAAUCGCAAUACGGAGGACAGAACAAUCAAUUCUGGGACAACUUUGAGCAAGGACCUGCUUUCAAUGCUGCUGCGCCGGUAGACGCAUCCACUCAUUUCCCAGCCCCAAACUCCGCUAGAUCAUCGCCUCGAAUCGAUACGAAUAGCCGACAGACAACUUCCAAUGGGGAAAUCUCCAUGCAGGACAAUACAGGGGAACUGAGUGGUUUUGAUGAUGACGACCCAUUCGGUUUGAACCAAUUGAAGCCGAAGGCCGCCCCCGCUCCUGUCCCCGAACAAGGCGACGAUGACGAUUUCCUUGGGCUACUAGGGAAGCCGGUAUCAGAAAUCCCUCGUCAGCAAUCGCCUCUUGCGUCAGCCACGCCUUCAGACGGCGGACGCGACCAAGAUGUAUCCCCCAUGCCUUCUUGCGACGUCGAUCGAGCCAUUGCGGAGCUGGUUGACAUGGGAUUCCCUGCCGACAAGUCUCGCCAAGCUCUCAAAACCACCGAAUCUGGAACGGAUGUCCAGGCGGCCGUUGGGUGGCUUCUUACCCAGGCCCAUGCCGAAUCUCGGCAGAAGUCCGACGGACGGCCGAGCGGUCACCCUGCUGACCGUCCCGAAAGAAGCGACAGCCGUCAUCGCGAUACGCCUUCCUGGAUGAGGGAAGAGAGAACACAAUCUCCCCGUUCUCGCGAUGACAGAAGGAGCCCUGCAUCAGCGGACAAGGAUCCCGCGCAGAUGGCGUCGCAAUUUGGCAACAACUUGCUGAAGUCCGCAGGCUCGCUCUGGAAAACCGGUAGCAAGAAGUUCCAGCAAGCUGUGAAUGAAUUCAACACCGAUCAUGACCCCAGCCAGCCUCGCUGGAUGAGAGAAACAUCUUCACACGACGAAACUCCUCCCCAGCCUCAACGUCCAAGUCGUCGUGAGCAGCCAGCCCAGAUCCAAACGCAUCCGCAAGAUUUCACAAACGAAGCGCUUCUCCUUGAGUCUGGCGAUGGUCGGCCCCGCAAGCCUACUCGUCCCCGCGAAAGCUCCCAACCUGAUCCGAGGAGUCAGAUUCCACGCAAUCAGCCCUCUCCAAGUGCUGCUCAACCACGACAGCAACCCAAUUUCCUCCAGCGCCCAUCCCAACAAGGCUCCCAGGAUCCAAAAUCUCGACUCUCCCGGUUUGCCGCGGAAGAGCAGUCAGCGGAAGCAUAUGUUAGCCCUGCGAGACGCAGGCGCCCCCAAGCGUCACCGCAUCCUGAGCCCAGUGUCGACCUAUUUGAUUCUCCUGCACCUUCAGCCAGUCGUCCCAAGCCAUCUCCCCCAGCCCAGACCGCUACGCCUUCCGCACGUUCAACUCCCAUCCCUGUGCACCCCAAAGCCCCAGCACGGUCUAUCCCACCUGUAUCCCCACAGGCGCUUGAAUCAACACAUCGGCACCGUGGCAAGGCCGCAGAAUCAUAUAAGCGAGGUGAUUACGCAGAAGCCCACCAAAGCUUCUCUGCAGCUCUUGGUGCGCUUCCUGACAAGCAUCCUAUUACAAUUAUCAUUCGCAGUAACCGCGCAAUGACGGGUCUAAAGAUUGGAGAACCCAAGUCUGCGAUUGAAGAUGCAGACGUCAUCCUUACUUUCAUCGGACCAUCGAAGGGCGAAAAUGAAGCAAUUGAUCUAGGAAACGGCGAAGCGCCCAAGCCCAUGAAAGAUUUCUUCGGCAAGGCGUUAAUGCGCAAGGCUGAAGCACUCGAGCAACUAGAACGCUGGGGCGAUGCAGCACAGGCAUGGAAGCUGGCCGUGGAGUCUGGCCACGGCGGAAGCACAAGUAUCGCAGGCCGGAACCGGUGCGAGAAAGCCGCUGGCACCAGCAAACCCCAACACAAGCCGGCCGCUCCUGCCAGGAAGAAGCCUGUGCCGACGCCUAAGCAACCGUCUGCUUUAUCGGACCUCACGGCCACUUCGGCGUCUGGGAAGGACUUUGAAGCAGUUAGUCGGCUUCGACAAGCUAACCAGGCAGCUGAGCGCGCCGAUGAGGAGAAGUUCGCUCUUAUGGAGAGUGUCGAUACAAGACUGGCCACCUGGAGGAAUGGCAAGCAGGAUAACCUGCGCGCUCUCCUGGGCAGUCUGGACUCUGUGCUGUGGCCCGAAGCCGGAUGGAAGAAGGUUAGUUUGGCAGAGCUGGUUCUGCCAAACAAGGUUAAGAUUCAGUAUAUGAAGGGGAUUGGCAAGGUGCAUCCUGAUAAGAUCUCUACUACUGCCACCACUGAACAGCGCAUGAUUGCUGGAGCUGUGUUCGGAACUCUGAAUGAAGCUUGGGAUAAGUUCAGGGUUGAGAAUAAUCUAUGA